AUGUUGAGUCCAGGCGCUUUGUUGAACAACUUCGGUCAGCGCCGCUGCGAAAACUCCACUCGUUCGGACGCGCUAAAGCUCCUUCCAAGAGAUCUUUGGAAUGUUGAAGUCACCUACCAGCAGGAGAUGAGUGAAGUGGUAGCUGGAGCAGAGUUGCUCAAGGGUUCUUAUGGGGAAUUGAUCAUCUUCAGGGGGACUCGAGUGGCAACGGUUGACCACAUCGAGGAGAUAAUCGGACCUGCGCAGCGGGAUUUGGAUCCACGGUGCAUUGCAACAAGUAUCACGAAGGAGUCUUUCACAAGCGAAAAGCGUGGAGAUGUGGUGAAGCUUAUCGGCUACUUCACUCAGGACUUCAUUACUUCUCAUAAUCCACACACGAGGAAGGGUGGACUUCUCGGCCUUGCUUCUGUUGUAAUUGGGCUAAACCAGAAUGCUGCAAUGUACUACAAAUCUAUUUUCCCACCUGUUCUGCGCACAAUCCAUGAUAAUGAUCCGCGCGUCCGUUAUUAUGCUUGUGAAACAUUAUACAAUGUGAUGAAAAUAACCCGAAAAGAGACUUUGGAUCUGCUCAGUGAAGUUUUCGAUGCAAUUAGUCGGGGCGUAUCAGACCCGGACUUGAGCGUACGCCAAGGCGCUGUCCAGUGUGACAGACUACUGAAGGAAAUUGUUACCGAACCGGAUUUUGUCAGCUACCCGGUGAUUGUUUCACUUCUUCGAGAGCGAAUCUACACGAACAACCCACACACGCGCCAGUUCAUUGUCUCUUGGACGUCCACUCUGCAUGCGAUACCUGGACUAAAAAUUAGCACUUACCUUCCACAAUUAUUGGACGGAUUGUUCCGAAUUCUGGGAGACCCCAAUCCGGAUAUUCGUCGCCAAUGUGAACUAUUGCUGGAUGACUUACUGCGAGAAAUCUUUGCAAACCCUACUCGAAUUGCUUUCGACGCUAUGAUCAAUACAUUGAUUGUGCAUUGCCGACUGUCAGCGACAGGUCAAGUCCUUCCUUGUCGCUCAGGUCUUCUGUUCGGUUUUAACUUCAUUCCACUUCCAGCUUUUGCCAUGAACGAGGGAGGCCUUCGUUCCGGUUCCCCACCAGAGUCUUCGACGAACAACGUCUCUGCUGCAGCUGCUAUCGUAAUGGAUACUUCGAACCAAAGCGCCUGUUUGAUGCAGAAUGCCUCAAACUCUGGAACUGCAAACGGUCCUCUCAGCAGUGGGGGUGAACAGCUGCAACAACGGACAGCGCUGACCUGGAUUCGAGCUUUUGUAGAGUUAGACGCAGUACAUCUGCUUCCCUACGCAUCUGGUAUUGUUGGGGCUGUAUUGCCAUGUUUCUUGCUGUACAACACUGCGGAAACUGUCCGAGAUCGUCGAGGGACUCUCGAGACGGCAGUCCGCAUCAAUGAAACACUGAUGAAUUUUGUCAACACUUUCAAACCAAAUAACGUCAAUGAGACUUCAACUCCGAUUGAAGGGCGACGACUGGAGAAAAAGGAACCCAGUUUUGUCAAAAGUGUUUGUCCAGCCCAUUUGACUCGACUCAAUGAACAGUGGAUAUCUUCGAGAUCAGGUCUUAUUGCUGUCAGAAAGGCCAUACCAGCAACUAGCGGCUGUGAUGGCGGACUCAGACCCCUCAAACACCGGAUACUCACGAACUUGAAGAAUGACAAAGAAGACGGAGGGAUUUCGAAGGUCCAGGAGAUGGAGAAGGCUUUCGCUGCAGGCAGCAGCCGUGCCCUGUUUCACCUGAUUCAACCAACGCAUCAAAAGAAGGCAGCUGUUGGUGAGACAAUAUGCGAACAAGACGGAACAGAAGUUCGCUCCCUCAAUCGCCUUCUUGAGAGAAGUGUUUGUCCAGCCCAUUUGACUCGACUCAAUGAACAGUGGAUAUCUUCGAGAUCAGGUCUUAUUGCUGUCAGAAAGGCCAUACCAGCAACUAGCGGCUGUGAUGGCGGACUCAGACCCCUCAAACACCGGAUACUCACGAACUUGAAGAAUGACAAAGAAGACGGAGGGAUUUCGAAGGUCCAGGAGAUGGAGAAGGCUUUCGCUGCAGGCAGCAGCCGUGCCCUGUUUCACCUGAUUCAACCAACGCAUCAAAAGAAGGCAGCUGUUGGUGAGACAAUAUGCGAACAAGACGGAACAGAAGUUCGCUCCCUCAAUCGCCUUCUUGAGAGAGCGGAGCCGACAGCUGAGGCUGUUAGUGCUAAUCGAGACUUAACCCAUUCGAGUCAGCUGCCACUGAUUUCCACAGAUGCUAUUUUGGAUGCCAGCUGCCGAUUACUAGAUCAUCCGGCACUUCUGACUCGGCUAGCUGCCUUGGGUUGGAUCGAAGUAUUGGCCAAAGUUCGCGCCAAAGAUGUUCUCGGUCACGUCGUUCAUUUUUUACCUCUGAUGCUGAACCUACUGGCCGACCCUGCUGCUGAGAUGGUUCAUUCAGCGAUUUCUUUAAUUGGAAAUCUCUGCUCAAACCCCGACGCCAUGGAACUCCUGGAUGAACAAACUUUAGACGCGUUAGGCGUAUCAGAAGAACUGUUGAGGAUGCUCGUUCCUCCGUCUCAUCAGACACCACAGUCAACUUGCAGACUAUUCCGGGUCCCGAAAGUUCAUUAUGACCUGGCAGUAUCAUCGUCUACGGACGAGGGGAAGGUGACCGAGAUGGACAGUUGCAAUAUCUUUUGCGUGAGAUUUUUGCUCGAACUCGUCUGGUUUUUUGAUAGGAACACGACGCUGCUGAUUCAGCGUGGAGAUAUGAUUAUCACCGACUUAUGCCACGUGCUGGGCGCCGAUGUCGUGUAUCGCAACAUUUCAGCGAUUGUAUCCUACACGAAGGAACUUCCCUCAGCUUUCGUGCUGGUUGAUACCUUGAAUCGCAUUUUGCUCACUCAACCAGGGCUACAUGAUUUUCGCAAUCAGUUACGGGCGAUUCACACAGAAGAUGGCUGUCAUCUUUUGGAUCGACUAUAUCGUGCUUGGUGUCACAACCCAGUUGCGUUGCUGUCACUCUACAUGCUCACUCAGAAUUAUCAACAGUGUAAUCGGCUUAUUAAGUCCUUCGGAGAGAUCAAUAUGACUGUUGAGACCCUGGUUGAAAUGGAUCAACUGAUUCAAAUGAUUGAAUCCCCUAUUUUUGCAACUUUACGAAUGCACCUACUGGAUAAGCGAUACAGUGCAGAACUCCGCGAAACUUUGUACUGUCUUUUAAUGUGCCUUCCACAAACGGACGCGUUCCAGACAUUGUGGCGACGUUUGCAGUGUAUCCCGCCUGUAGCAAGUCUAUCCGACUGGCCAGUUGUGUCUGGCCAUUCGCAACCUGACUUCAAACUUAUCAACUCCUACAUUCAGUUUGAUGCUCUGUUUGAUUAUUUCAACGAAGUACAGCGCAACCCUGUAAGUCGGCGGCUACCCCAGAUCUUGGAAACAGAGAAGCCAAGCCUGGAAAGACCCGCCCAACCAGUCGACGUAUCUUUACCACCUUCAGCAGACAGGUUGACUGACAGCCGCACAUUAUCCACUGCGCAAACAACAGAGGACCUCAAAGGAAAGUCUAGUACUGUUGCUUCGGCCACCGAAUAUCUUGCACAGAGUCUCUCCAAGUUGGGAAUCCAUUUACCGGUCGUACCAAUCAACAAAUUGGCCGUUACAACUCUGUGACUUGUUUGAUCAGCAUUUUUCCACUUCCAUCGUCUAUAUCUCACUUG